AGAAUGAAUGAAAAUGAAGUGCGGGGUUUAAGAAGUGAAUUUGAACUCACCAAGCGACUUUUCCGUGAGCUGAAUAUGCAUGGGAGAAGGAAAUAAACAGCGCCACUCGGAUCCAAGCUAUUACUGUAUAUUGAGCCAAUGGAAAGGCUCUUAUUUAUUCUGAUUCCGCUUUGCCUAAUGAUGGUCACCACUGCCUCGAAACAUGAUGAUGAUGAUGAAUACCACAUGGAACUGAAAGUUGAGUCGGAAACAGAAGAAGUCGUUUUCAGAGUGCCCAGAAGUGCGCAGAAGGUCAGAGUCUCGCCUGAGCCACUGGAUUUUGAUCGAGUUCCAGAAUGGAAGAAAUGGUUCUUCCAAACUGUCGAUUCUUCAAAAUCCACAUAUUUUGGAUGGUGGCCACUGCGCUCAGCAAUCAGCAUGAUGAUUGACUUCAUGGUCGAUGGCUCAGCUGUCCCAAUUUCCUCUUAUAGUCCACACAUCAUGGGUGGCAAUGAGGUGAACAGACGGGAGAAGUUUGCAUAUGUGGCAAGACUCAACAUAUCCUUCAGCAAUGGUCCUCCAUGGGCGGGAUCAAGACCCAGGUUUUCCACUUGUGGUGGGGCAUUGGUUCACCCAAGCUGGGUCAUCACAGCUGCACACUGUCUUUAUGCAUCAGCUGAAGAAUUGGCUGCUGUUAUCCAGGUCACAUUGGGAGAUUUGCAUGCUGACUACAAGGAGGAAGGUGAGGUCCAGUUGGUGGCCCAGGGUGCAGAGGUGCACCCAAAUUUUGACCUGGAAACUUUGGCCUAUGACAUAGCCCUUGUGCACUUACCCAAACCAGUUGAACUUUCUUCUAAAAUAUCUUUGCUGCAUUUACCUGCGGAGAACUUCUCAGCCAUUGGCCUCAGGGCCACACUCACUGGUUGGGGGGUGGUUACAAGUGGACAGGUCAGGACUUCUGACACCCUGCAAAUGACGCAUCUGAAGGUCCUGGAACAACGUGAAUGCCACAGAAGAUGGGUGUCUGCUGGUGGCGAACAUGAGGACAUAGAAGACUACAAUGUUUGCUAUGGUGGAGAUGGCACAGGAGCUUGUUUUGGUGACAGUGGAGGUCCACUUGUAGUGAGUCUUCCAUUAGGAAACAAUAACAACACUCAUGACGAAAGCAGCCAACAUCAAGCACAAUCAGAAGACGUGCUUGUGGCAGUGAACUCGUUCGUUUUGGCAGAGCGGGAAAAGCAGAAGUUUUCUCUUCAAUACGGCAGAACCUGCAGACAAGAUGCCCCGAAUGUUGGCACAAGUGUUUCAGCAGUUCGGGAAUUCAUUGGCCAAGUAUUGGAGAAAUGGACGCAUGUUGAUCGGGGGCAGCAAAAGGGUGAAAUGGGGCGAAUUGGGGCAACACCGCCUGAAGAAGUGCCCAGAGUUUGCUGCUAUUGUGGGAGAGACGGCGUCAUAGCCAUUGCUGCCAUUUGGAUGACAUUUUGCAUUGUGGUGAUCAGCGGUGCGUCGUAUUGGCUUCACCUGGUGCACACUAAAAAAGAACAUCAAACGUUGCUCAUUGCCCAGCAAGCCCAAGACUUUUAUUCUCUCUCCAAAGGAGUUUGGAAUGCUGGGCUCAUUUCUGCGAUCACUUCUUCAUUCCUGAACCUCGUGGUGUCAGUGGUUCUGGCUUAUGGAGCUUACUCAGACAAGAAUAAGUUUUUGAUUCCUUGGCUGGCCAAGAACAUGUUCCUGCUCAUUGUUGGCGCCGGGUUCGGGAUUUACAACAUUUAUUGGGUUUCAACUUCUGCCCAAACUGAGGAUGAGGCCUCCUUUUGGGGCAGUCUGUCUGGGCUUUACUGGAUAAUCCUUGGUGAGACACUAUCUGAAUAUACAAUCAGAGGCCAGAAAAUAUCCAAGGAUUUUGUGGAAUGUUCUGCCAUGAUUGCCUACUGUUGGACUUCAACAUUCUCUCAAUAUGUGACAAGCAAGCGGAUCAAGGCGAAACUGAGACCACUGACGAAACAAGACGGAAGUUUCAUAAGAGGUGCCAAUGCUCUCAAUAAUAAAUCCUCUGGGUCACAACAACAACCAGCACAUAUACAAGAUCCUUUGUAG